AUGCUGUUAUCACUGCUACUCGGAGCCGCGCUUCUAGUGCAAACGUUGGCGACUCCAUAUUAUGACACCCAACCGAGCCAGCCCAGCGCGCAAGUUGUGCGCCAACAAUACGACACCGCUAAUAUGCCGAACGCAUAUAAUUUUUAUUACGACGCAAAUGACGGAUCAUCGCGAACAGAGCGUGGCACAAUUCUAAAUGCGGGGACUGACAACGCAGCCUUAGAUGUCAACGGAGCAGUUCGCUGGUACGACAGCAAAGGGCAGCUGUAUGAAAUGACGUACAAAGCGGGCAAGAGGGGCUACCGGACCAUCAUCAAGAAAGUGUCGUAA